AAAAACAAAGUAAAUUAAUGUUAAAAUUUAAAGAAAUGCCACGUAUGUUACAAACAAUAAAUUGUUUCUGUAAUGUAACGGAAAUGUGAGAAUUCCUUAUGCGAUCUGAACCCAGCAUCUACCUGACAAUGUUUUAUACAUGUGGUCAUUGCAAGAUUGAAGAAAUCCCUUCCAUCUAUAUAAAUCACAGAAUUAUUGAACAAGAAGGAUUUAAAAAUCUGCAAAAUGCUAUUAUCACCCACACAGAAAGAAAUCCUUCCCUCUGCCAAAAAGACAAUUGCGGAUUCAACAUUUCUACUAGAUUAACAAUAAAUGCUCAUGUCUUCAUCGAAUUGGAUGCAAGAGCAACCAAAGACAUUACUAAAUCAUUGACUUGCAAGAUGGAAGAUUUGCCUCUACAGAUAAACUUGCAGGGAACAAUUCUAAGGCUAGGAGGAGUUAUAACACAUCAUGAAGAUCACUAUAUGGCAAGAUGCAAAAGAUUAAAUGGUAGGUGGGAAUUAUAUAACGACUGUAGUACAAAAGUAACUUAUUGCGACAGAAAAGGAGCAGAAUUGCCAGCAGCAGCAAUUUAUAUUAAAAGCGAACAAUAAUGAUU